AUGCCUCAUGUCGUCUCUCAAACACCUAGGAUGCCCCAGAGUGGGCAUCCUUCAGGUCUGCCUACAGACAGGAAUAUCUCUUUGAGUGUCAAUCGAGUGAUAGUGAAGACACCAGGCAGCCAGAAAGACUUUAUGAUAGCUGAUGACACCUCAGUGAGGCAGUUCAAGGAGAAGCUAUCGGCUCACUUCCAGUGUCAAACGGACCAACUAGUGCUGGUCUUCAUGGGCCGCCUUCUCAAAGACCAUGACACGCUGAGCCAGAGGGGCAUCAUGGAUGGCCACACCAUCCACCUGGUCAUCAAGUCCAAACAUGGCUCCAGAUCCCUAGCCCAUUCCUCCUCAAACCUGCCAACCAAUGAGCCCUUCCACGACCGGGACAGAAACACCAAAGGAAACAGCAGUGGGGUGCACCAACCUGCUGGCGUGAAUCAAGCUCCAGUGGAAUCAGCUCACUUUGUGGGGUCUGAUGCACCCAAGGUGCAUACCCAGAACCUGGAAGUGAGCAGUCCAGAGCACAUAGCACAGAUGCUGGAGAAUCCUAGCAUCCGGAGGCUUCUGUCCAACACAGAGUUGUUGCAGCAGUUCAUCUCAGAAUACCCAGACAUACAACAAUUGAUGCAGCAGAACCCAGAAGUCUCCCACCUCCUUAACAAUUCAGAGAUCCUGUUGCAGACCAUGGAGCUGGCCAGGAACCUUGCCAUGAUCCAAGAGAUAAUGUAGAUCCAGCAACCUGCACAGAACCAUGAGCAUCCACCGAACUCACAGCCAUACCUGGGCUUAGAGACAAUGCCAGGUGGGAACAAUACCCUGAAUCGGAGCUGUGCUGAUUUCAAUGAUCAGCUGCUCAACAGAAUGCAAGAUCCUUUUGAAAGAAACCCUUUCGUAGCUCUUCUGGCAGGACAAGUGCUGGAUCAAUUCAAGUCCUCAACCCCAUCUCCAUCACCGUCCCAGGAACGGUGGGACCAGCUCCCACAGCUCCCUACAGCCCGAGUCAUCUAUACGAGUUUGUGCAGUUUUUCUUCAAUCACCUCAGCCAAUGGAACCUCCGACAGGGUCAACCAUAAUUCCAGGGCCAAUACUGCCACUAUUUCCACCAAGGGACAGAAUCACAUCUGUGCCUUUCAUCAGCCAUCUGGGAUACCAGCCUUACCUAGCGUAGAGCUCAGCCAGCAGCCCCAGGAUGAAGACAAGGAUGCCACUAUCUCUUUAAGUAGCUCUGAACAGAGAUUCAAGGAUGAUAUCCAGCUGUUGGAUGAGCAGACCAACUCCCAGAUCACAGGAGGCAUGAUGCAGUUGCUUAUGAACAACCCCUACCUGGCAGCUCAGAUGAUGUUGUUCGUGAGUAUGCCCCAGCUGAGUGAACAGUGGCAGCAGGAGUUGCCCACAAGCCUGCAGCAGAUACAGCUUUCUGAUCUGCUUAUAGCCUUAGCAAACCCUAAAGCAUCACAAGCAAUAUUGCAGAUUGAGCAGGGUCACUAGCUGUUGGCCACAGAAGCUCCUAUUCUUCUGCCCUGGGUUACACCCUACCUAGGGGGCCUGGGUUGGCUUCCUGCUCCCAGCUGCAGCUCCCCUGACCCAGUGCCCUUGCCCUGGAAUGCUCCAGUUAUAACUGAAUCCAAAGGGCCUGAGCGCUGCUGUAAGUCGGGGGCAGUCCUACAGAGACUACAGUCUCUGGAUGGGGAUCCUUCCCACAUUCUACAAGCCCCUGAGAUUCAUUUCAGCAAGCAGAUGGAAUCCCUUCAGGCCAUGGGAUUCCAGAACCACCAUGCUAAUCUACAGGCACUUAUUGCUACUGAGGGGGACACCAGUGCUGCUAUCCAUAAGCUGAAGAGGUCCCAGGGAUUCUAACUACCAUGCCUAACUGUUUGCUUGCUACCU